CGCGCAAACGAACCGAAUAAACGACAAACGACGUAAUCGCUUAAAAUUACGCCGGUCGGUCCAAGUUCGUCGACGAUUCCGGUUCGGCCAAGUUCGUUGGUCGCUGGUCUGUUCGAUUUUCUGACAAUAAAUACACUGUAUUUAAAACUUUAACACAGUAAUUUAAACGUUCAUACAACAAUAUUUUGUAAAUCAAAGCAAAAAUGUCAGUGAUGGGUAAAGUUGUUAUUCCAAAUUUAUCGCGAAGGAAUUUCGUGAAAAUAGGCGCCGCGUUGCAAAGUGUUAAAUCAAACAACUAUUUUACAUACACCCAGGAAUUAUCGCAACCUUUAGACAGACAACCGGAACGUGUGACUGCCGAAGAGGCGUUCAAGAAAUGUUUAAAGUCUGGUCAGACUGUGUACGCGCAGGGAGCCGCUGCAACCCCUGUGCCCCUACUCAACGCGAUGACGGACGUCGGCAAGUCGGGCAGUUUACGUGACAUUAAGGUCGUCCACAUGCAUACGGAGAAGGAGGCGCCUUAUGUCGCUCCUGAAUGCAAGGAUAUAUUCAGAUCGGUAUCUCUGUUCAUGGCAGCGAACGUUCGCAAGUCGGUAGCAGAAGGCAGAUCGGACGCGAUCCCCAUCUUCCUGCAGGACAUUCCUAAGCUGUUCCACAGGAAGAUCAUACAGCCCGACAUUGCUCUCAUACAGGUAUCUCCCCCCGACCAACAUGGUUACUGCAGCUUGGGAACGUCGGUCGACUGCGUGAGGUCAGCACUCGUUAAUUCUAAGAUUAUUAUAGCUCAAAUCAACGUAAACAUGCCUCGAACAUUCGGUGAUGCGAUUAUCCAUGUAUCGCAUAUCGAUUUCGCGGUCGAAGAUAAUACUCCGUUACCUGAACACGGCAGUAAAGGACCUGCGAGUCCUGAAGAGAUGAAGAUAGGUCAGCUGAUCGGUGAUAAUCUGGUAGAAGAUGGAGCUACGUUACAGAUGGGUAUUGGAAGUAUCCCAGACGCGGUGCUGUCCGCGCUGAAGAACCACAAGGACUUGGGCAUCCAUUCGGAGAUGUUCAGUGUGGGCGUUAUCGACCUCGUCCGCAGGGGAUGUGUUACUAAUAACAAGAAGAAAACUCACAAGGGUCGUAUUGUGGGCAGUUUUCUUGUUGGCAAUCGCGAACUAUACGACUUCGUGGAUAAUAAUCCCUUUAUAGAAAUGUUGGAGAUAGAUUACGUGAACAAUACUCACAUUGUGUCACUGCAGCCGACGAUGACAGCUAUCAACUCCUGCAUUGAAGUGGACCUUACCGGACAAGUUUGUGCUGAUUCCAUCGGUACCCGGAUGUACUCCGGCUUUGGUGGUCAAGUGGACUUCAUCCGUGGUGCUGCUGAGUCGGUGGACGGCCGCGGGAAGCCCAUCAUCGCCCUCGUCUCCACCACCAAGAAGAAUGAGACCAAGAUAGUGCCGACACUUAAAGUUGGAGCGGGUGUAGUAACAACGAGAGCGCAUGUCCACUACGUGGUUACGGAACAAGGUAUCGCGUAUCUAUUCGGUAAGACGUUACGUCAGCGAGCGUACGAACUGAUCAAGAUCGCACACCCAGAUCAUCGCGAGGCGCUGGAGAAAUCCGCCUUCGAACGCCUUAAGUGUAUGCCAGCGCCUUAACUGCGCUAUAAUGUUGCCAGCGUAGAAAUUACUACCGUUUUAGUAGAUUUAUCCCUUUCUAAACUUAACGGAAAAAUAAGUUGGAUUAAUUGUAGAAUAUGUGGGGGGUGGUCUCACUGAAUAAUGGUAAUUAUUGAGCGCAAUUUUCCAACUUUACUGGCCAACAGUAUAGGCUUUAAGGGAAAUGCAUAACAAUGCAUUUUUUGACGUUUGAAAACAGAUGUAACAUUGAUAGUAUAGUAAACAAUUUUGAUACUAAACUAACCAAUGUUGAAUAUUUCGACGUAAUAAUAGCAAUUGAUUUAGUUCUGAAAGGGAUAGAUGUCUGUUUUAGAGUGAGCAAAAUUCAACGAAUGUUAGUAAUAUUUUCUUUUUUCUAAAAUAUACAUUUAUAGAAAGUCAAUAAGAUUUAUUAAAUUUUGUGACGGUUGUAUUGUACAGCAAACCGUUUUAACAUUAGUUAAUCUUUGACAUAAAAAGGUAUGCUUUGAGGUACAGUCACUAAGAAAAUAACUAAAGCAAAUAUUUUUUUCUUAUCGACUAUACCUUUAAACCGUUAACUAUAAGUAUAUUUUCAAGUUCUUAAUCUACUUAUUGUGUAUUUUAUUUAAAAACAGACUGCCAUUGUUAUAUACAUUUGACGUAAUAUGUAUUAUGUAAAAGUGCAUUUUCUUCAAUGAAUUUAUUUUUAAUGUUUCGCACUAGAAUUAAGAAUAACUUUAUUUUUAAGCACGUUUUUUCGAAUUUAUAAUCAUUUGCUAGUUUAAAAAUUGUAUUCUAUGUUUAUUUUUUAAUGUAAAUCGCGAAAUACUUGUAAUUAUAUUUUUUUGACUUGUUUUCAUUGCUGUUUAUAGUUUGCAAAUCUUUAAAUGUGUUUAUCUGUUAUUUUUAAUCGAAAAAAUAAACUAAAAAUGCAUACUUGUACUUUGUUCUAUUUUACGUGUAAACAAUAUUAAUAAAAAAAUAUUUAAAAA